UCAACGCGAGGACUAAAGGAGUAUGAAAAAAUGUCACCCUCCUCGCUCUAUUUCUUCCUUUUUUCAUUAAUAUGAUUGGCAGACUACAUAGAGCGCAUGGUAGUAAGGGUUUGUAGUUGCUGUGGCAACGGCCUGCUCUUUGUUAAAGGCUACAUUCCUGGCAUCUGAUGUUUCUGCGAUGCGAUCGAUAAAAACCCCAGCCUGCAGAGACUGAUGAACGGACUGGGGCUUUUGCCUGGCCAGGCAGGACCGGGGAGAGGGAAAGGAGUUAGAGUGGAAGAUGUGUGAACAGGAGGACGGAGAGAUAAAACAGCGAUAGAAAGAAGAGGGAAAGAGGAGAGAUAUGGAGAUGCCAGCAGUGCAGCUGCUGAGCCGGGUGGAGGGGUGAGUGCUGUGGGAAAGAGAAAGAAGGUGUGUGCUCUCCGGCUCCUUCUGCCUCAUCUCGGCUAUUUUCUGAAUGUCACUCACUUCACUAUCAAAGUAAGGGCUUGUUCGUGAUGGUGCUCUGUAUGGACAAGAAGCUGUGCCAUGACAGAGGGCAACGUGGGUAAAAGAGACAUGCGACACCCAGCCCUGCACCACUGCCACCUCUUCCUGGGCGGGGCAUUGCUGCUUCUCCUGGCCAGCUCAGCUCUGAGCUGCCCCGCCCGAUGUGAGUGCUCUGCCCAAAGCAAGUCGGUCAGUUGCCACCGCAAGCGCCUGCCCACCAUCCCUGAAGGCAUCCCCAUUGAGACUCGUGUCCUGGACCUCAGUAAGAACAAGCUACGCAUCAUCACGCCAGACAACUUCUCUUCAUUCCAGCAGCUGGAGGACCUGGACCUUAGCGACAACCUCAUCAGUGUGGUCGAGCCUGGCUCAUUUCGUUCUCAGCUUGCUCUCCGCUCGCUCAACUUUCGCAGUAACUUGCUUCAGCUGAUUCCUGCCGGCGUGCUGUCAGGCCUGACCAACCUCACCCGCCUUGACCUCAGCCACAACCGACUGGUGGUUCUCCUGGAUCAUGCCUUCCAAGAUCUGCGCCGAUUGACGUCCCUAGAGGUGGGUGACAACGAACUGGUUUUCAUCUCUCAGCGGGCCUUUACAGGGUUACUUGGGCUCCAAAGUCUGACCCUGGAACGCUCCAAUCUGACUGUGGUCCCUACUGAUGCUCUGGGACAUCUGCAUAGCCUGGUCGAACUGCACAUGCGCUACUUGAGCAUUGGCUUUCUAAAGCCUUUCUCCUUUAAGAGGUUAACACGUCUCCGCCGACUAGAAAUUGAUUACUGGCCCUGGCUGGACACACUGCCUCCCCUCUCACUGCAUGGCCUCAACCUCACAACGUUGUUCAUAACCAACACUAACCUGUCUGCCUUCCCCGGCGCAGCACUGCGCAACCUGCCCUACCUCACACAUCUCAACUUGUCCUACUGCCGCAUCCAGCACAUCCAUCAGGGAGAGCUAGGCCAACUCCCACAUUUGCUGGAGCUCCGCCUCCAAGGGGCUCAUCUGGUUUCUAUCGAGCCUUUUGCAUUUGUGGGCCUCAAAUCUUUGCAACUACUGGAUGUGUCACAGAACCGCCUGGACUCUCUGGAGAGGGGAGUGUUUUCCUCGCCAGACAGCCUCCAGAGGCUCUGUCUGGGUGGAAACCCAUUAGUGUGCGACUGCAGAUUGCUUUGGCUGCUCAAUAGCCACAAGCCCCCCUCUCUGCAGAUUCUGGAUGUCCAGCCUGAGUGCAGCGCCCCUGAGCAUCUCCUGGGGAAAACUCUCCGUGACCUCAAGGAGCCUCUGGCCUCCAGGUACAUGACCUGUACCAAACCAAGGAUUGGACCCAACACGACCCAGCUGCUGAUGGCUGAUGAGGGUCAGCCUGCCCGCCUGAGCUGCAUGGCAGAAGGAGCACCUCGGCCCUCAGUGGUCUGGAUUACCCCUCACAGACGCUACAUCACAGCCAAGAGCAGUGGUAGGGUGGAAGUCCAACCAGAUGGUACCCUGGAGAUCAAGGAAGUGGAACUGCACGACAGCGGGGUGUACUUGUGUAUUGCCAGUAACCCUGCUGGCAACGCUAGCCUGUCGGCCUCUUUAGCUGUGAAGAGCCUGGGCAGCGGGGACAGAUCUCACUAUAGCAACAGGAGCUCAAUCUAUCUGACAGACUCUAACAGCACAUGGGGGAAUGGGACUGUACUGUACAACAUGACAGUCCCUAUAGACAUUAAGACUAUCAUUAUAUCUACAGCCAUGGGCUGCCUGUCCUUCCUAGGUGUGGUCAUCUUCUGUUUCCUGCUUCUGUUCGCCUGGAGCCGAGGGAAAGGACGCCAUAAGAGUAACUUUGAUAUAGAGUAUGUCCCUCGCAAAUCCAAUGGGGCAGCAGCAGAGGUGACAGAAACAAGUGGACCACGACGGGUGAACAUGAAAAUGAUUUGAAAACGAUGCAGACCGACAUCAUCAAAACAACAAAAUGUCCAGAUAUCAGCUGGAGAAAAAAAAGUUUUUUCUAUGACACAGUGGAUUUGUGACAAACGAAAGUGAUGUACUAAUAUAGUGGGUGUCGAUAUGACGGUGAUCUAGUGAUAAAGUGGGCAUGUGAAUAUAAAAUUGAUAUAUGAAACCGUGGACGUGUUUAUAUGAAAUAAUGUUCUCAUACAGUACAUUAAAUAUAAUACUAUAACCAACAUAUCAAUAUGGGAGUGAUAUAGUGCUGCACUAGGCAUGUGUUUCAGUGGUGACGUGAUGAGUAAUGAUGUUGUCGACUCACCGUGACAUCAAGGUGAAGGAGGGAGCCGCUGGGAGUGAUAGGGGACAUCUUCGCGUGGCAGUAGAGCUAUCAUCGCUGCAACAUGUCAGGACUAAAUUGUCUAAUACCCAUAUUAGCUGCAGUAUGAAAGGUGUGUGUUGUGUACAUGUGUGCGCGCGUGCGUGUAUGUGUGAAUGCAUCGGUGUGCGCAUGUUGCAUUUGUGCGUUUCUUUGUGCAUGUGCACGCAUUGCCUUUCGUGUUGGACGGAACAAUUAAAACGAAAGAUAGGGUCCAAAGCAUUUUUCCAGGCCUUUCUUCUUGUUCGAUCAUUGUAACAACAGUAUUGUGACUGUUGAGUAAAACAGAGGAUUAUCUAUGUUUGUAUGCAAAAUCACAAUUAUUAUACUCAAGAGAAAUGCUGCAUAAAUUUUGAAAUAGGUCAUUGUCCCUCUUGGAAUGACUCCAACAUUAGAUGGGGAUUUUUCUAAACUCAAGGAAAUGUUAAACACACACACAGUAGUUACAAUGUGAAGUCUGAGCUUUGUCUUUACCAUAAAGCUCAGUUCCCAGCAACACUAGACACUUUUCCUGAGAAAUAGCAGUGGUCAGUGGUGUUAUUACUCUGGAAAAGCUUUUAGCUUUAGAAAUGGCAUGUUAAACCCAUUUUAUAACAUAAUAAAUCAUGGGCAGAUUUUCCUGCCCGACAAGUCCCUUGAUAUGAUAUAAAAGAGUCGGUGGCAGGACACAAUGGCAAAGAUUUACUGGCCGGUGCCCUCUUUGGGACGAGACAAAGUUGAGCUUCACAGAUUUAUGGGUUGAAUUUCCCCCCCUCUCAUUUUUCUUUGAUCGCACCACUUCAAGCUAGCGUGUCCGGAUUCUUCCCUGGGGCACUGGGUAUUUAAUAGAUGGCAAUUUGAAAGUUGUAGUGGAAUCUUGUAUUGUUUAGUUUUUUUGUUGAAAAUGUUUUAAAUGUUUAGAAAAAAAACAGUAAAACAAUUAAGGGCAAUUCUUUGUAAUGCAGGGACGUGGGUGUUAACUUGUGUGAUCCUGUUGUGAUAAAAUGUUCAAGGUUGUAAAAUUGUUUUCAUAUGACAAAUUUAUGGGUAUAUUUUCAAAAGGAAAUAAAUCUUAAUCAUACCCCUGAAA